AUUCGAUCUCAUUCGGAGCCAGUGAACAAAUCAAGUGAGCGGAUUUACUGAAUCAGUAAGCCAGCAAGCUUCGCCAAUUCGUUGCAGAACUUUCAAAAUUCUUAUUUAAAUUUCAAGCCGUUGAGGACAUCAAAUAAUAAUGGGCAUUUCGAUGAAUGUUGCUGCUGUACUCUGCCUUGUUGUGAUAGCUGGUGCAGCUAUAAGAAGUGCCGAAGCUAAGGUUUUCACGUCGAAGAUCUCCCUUCACCUCGACGCCGCGUGCGACCUGUUCAGGGAGGAGCUCAUGGACGAAGGCGGCACGUGUAAUGCUGACGUCAUCGAGGAAGUCAUCGACGAGGCGGAUGAGAUCGAGGGACUCGUUGGCAUCGAUGAGGAGCAGAUUGAGGAUUACCUGGAGAAGGCAGAGGAAGGGAAGCUGUGCUUCUCGCCCGAUGGAGAACAGGUGACUAACCUCAAGGAUGGUUGUUCAGCCAUGGAGCAGGUCUGUGAGAACAAUGUCAAUGUGAUGAACUGCAAAGAUAUGGGACCUGUUACAAAUGCAGUGUAACUCAAGACAAGGAUAUAUUACUGGGUGUUUGAGCAUGGUUCUCGUUGAUUGACCGGUGCCCAUUAUCCACUCUUAACAAACCAAUCACCGGUCAAGCUGAUCACUGAAGGAAGUCACAUCAUCUCUCUGCACCAGUGAUCACAAUAGAAAAAUUAUGAAUAAGCAGUCAAUAAAGCCAUCAAACGAUUGCUUUAGAAUGAUAACGCUUUAACGUCUAGUAUUACAACUGUAACGUUCAUUUCCAUCAAUCGGAUUUGCCUCUUUAUCGAAUGGAACCCUACGUAUAGAUCAAUAUAUAGGAUGAGGGAAACAUUUCUUUUUCUCAGUCAAGGCAAUUUUCAUUUUGUAAUAUAUAAGAAAAAAGAACCCACUGUAUCUCUUCACUACAAUAAGAUUGUGAUGUUCAUUUAUGACUACCAAAAAGCUAGAGAACCUUGUCUUUCAUAGAAAAUUUGUAAUUACUUGUUUAAAUUUUAAUGUGCCUAAGUGGGACGAACUAGACAAAACUAUUCACAAUUUCAAUGUAUUUCCUUCAAAAUAUUUUUCAUUUUACUAAAUUUCUUUGUACUACUAUUUUUUUGUUCUUAUGUCAUUCCCCUAUUUUUUGUUUGUUUGUGCAUGUACAUUUUGUUGAUUUCAUUUUUUGAUAAUUAUGUAUAUCACGUAAUAAAACAGCAAUUCAGAUUAU